AAAUGGUGGCUGGUGGUGCAGAUCUCUGCAGGGCCCUGCGUGCCUCUCCCCACCCUGCUUGGAGACAAGCUCACUCUGGAGCCAGGGGACAUCUGAAGUCUGAGUAUGAUGCCGUGGUGAUAGGAGCAGGACACAACGGGCUGGUAGCUGCAGCCUACCUGCAGAGACUGGGCGUGAACACGGUGGUCUUCGAGAGGCGCCACGUGAUCGGGGGUGCAGCUGUCACCGAGGAGAUCAUCCCAGGGUUUAAGUUCUCCCGAGCGUCCUACCUCCUCAGCCUCCUGAGGCCACAGAUUUACAGAGAUCUGGAGUUGAAGAAACAUGGGCUGAGGUUGCAUCUUCGAAACCCCUACUCCUUCACCCCUAUGCUGGAAGAAGGCACAGUGGGCAAGGUGCCCAGGUCCCUUCUGCUGGGCACAGACAUGGCAGAAAACCAGAAGCAGAUUGCCCAGUUCUCCCAGAAGGAUGUCCAGGCCUUUCCCAGGUAUGAGGAGUUCAUGAAUCGCUUGGCAUCAGCCAUUGACCCUCUGUUGGACACAGCCCCAGUGGAUGUGGGGGCCUUCCAGCGUGGCUCCCUGCUGCAAAGACUCAAAUUACUCCCCACCCUCAAGCCCCUACUGCAGGCAGGCCUUACCCUGGGAGCCCAGCUUCCCCAGUAUUACCAGGUCCUCACAGCACCCAUUAUGAAGGUGCUGGAUCACUGGUUUGAGUCAGAGCCUCUAAAAGCCACUCUUGCAACUGAUGCUGUGAUUGGAGCCAUGACCAGCCCACACACACCUGGUAGUGGAUAUGUGCUGCUGCACCACGUAAUGGGGGGCCUGGAAGGGACACCAGGGGCCUGGGGCUAUGUCCAGGGUGGCAUGGGUGCCCUCUCAGACGCCAUUGCACACUCAGCCACAGCACAUGGAGCAAGUGUCUUCACCGACAAGAUGGUGGCCAGGGUACAGGUGAGCAAGGAAGGCCGCGUCCAAGGGGUUGUGCUGCAGGAUGGCACGGAGGUGAAGAGCAAAGUAGUGCUGUCCAACGCCUCACCUCAGAUCACCUUCCUGAAGCUGACACCACAGGAGUGGCUUCCUGAGGAGUUUGUAGGGAGAAUCGCUCAGCUGGACACCCAGUCACCUGUUACCAAGAUCAAUGUGGCUGUCAACAGGCUGCCCAGCUUCCUGGCCAUGCCCAAUGCCCCCGGGGACCAGCCACUGCCCCAUCACCAGUGCUCCAUCCACCUCAACUGUGAAGACACCAACCUCCUCCAUCAGGCCUUCGAGGACGCCAGGGCUGGCCUUCCUUCCCACAGGCCUCUGAUUGAGCUCUGCAUCCCCUCUUCGCUGGACCCCACCCUGGCUCCCCCUGGCUGCCAUGUCCUCUCCCUCUUCACUCAAUACACUCCCUAUGUGCUGGCUGGAGGCAAGGCCUGGGACAAGCAGGAGACAGACAAGUAUGCAGACAAAGUGUUUGACUGCAUCGAGGCCUACGCCCCUGGCUUCAAGGGCUCUGUGGUGGGCAGAGACAUCCUCACACCCCCCGAUUUGGAGAGAAUCUUUGGGCUUCCUGGAGGGAACAUAUUCCACUGUGCCAUGUCCCUGGACCAGCUCUACUUUGCUCGCCCCUUGCCUCUGCACUCCAGUUAUCGAUGUCCACUCCCUGGCCUGUAUCUCUGUGGAAGUGGAGCCCAUCCCGGAGGUGGCGUCAUGGGGGCUGCUGGACGCAAUGCAGCCCACACAGUCUUUGGGGACCUCAAGAGCAUUUGA